AGCAAGAACUAUGACGUUGACUGAGGAGCAGUACUUGCAGAUGGUUCCUCAUUGGUGUGCCCACUUUCCUGAGUGCUGGCAGCAGAUAGUUGCUAAGUGGUUAUCCGACGACUGGAACGCUUUGCACCAGGAGCGUCGUGAGAACCGUCUGACUAUGGCCGGUGUGCCACACCACCAAGGCAACCGUAACCUGACCGAGUACGCCCAAGCAUGGUCGGCGGCACAUGGAGGGCAGCAGUGCAACAAAUUCAUGGCGUAUGCUCUAUCCCACAAGGGUAAAGCGACAUCCAGCGUCAGCUACAACGCGGAGGACGGGCCCGAGGCGUACAACAACCCGAGCAUCUAUACUCGCCUCAAUGAGUACACAUUGAUGGCGAGGGAGGUGCACGGGCCAGAGUACGAUCCGACCCAGAAGCAUCUUGACGCUGAAAUUGUCAUGAAGGCUCAGCUGGAAGAAGAGAGGAGAGAACGUAUGGAGUUGGAGGCAAGGAUGAGGGCGGAGAUGGAGGCCGAGCGGGAGGCUGACCGAUAG